UUAACUUAUAAUAUACGUGUAACGAAACGCAAGUUUCGUUCGUAAGAAGUUUCGCGCGUAAUUUGAAACCGGAGCAACAAGGGUUGAAUUUUGCUAAUUUCGUCUUGCACUCGUACACUAUUUUAAAGUCAUUUCGUGAUGAGUCAGGAAAAAAGGAAACGUUCUGAGAAUUGGAGUACUGAAGAAAAAGAUAUACUACGUGAGAUGAUUGGGCAGUCACACCACAUUAUAGAAAAUCGGUGUACAAAAGCUUCCUCCAACAAUAAAAAAACUCAAGAGUGGAAAGAUAUAACAAAGAGAUUAAAUGAAUUGACGGGAAAGUGUAGGUCAGACGGUGAUGUCAAGUUAGCGUGGAAGAGGAUGAAGCUCACAGCUAAAGCCAACUUGUCCACUCAUUGGCAAGAUUUAGGAAAGACGGGGGGUGGGAAUAAGCCCAAGUCGCCUUCACAGGAAGAUCUAGCCACAAUAAAUAUUGUUCCAGGCGAUUUUAUUGUCGAAUAUAAUAAUUUUGAUAGUGAUGCUAUGAGACCUGUGGUACUUCAAAUAAUGUAAAUGUGGAAACUACUACAAAAAAAAGAGUUUUAUGUACAAAUAGUGAUCCAAAAAACAA